CGAAAAGGAGCGCCCGCCAGACGUCGCGACCAGAGCGACCCGCCAGGUGUUGGUUCCCUCGACCUCAGAUCAAGAAGGCAGAAGAAGAAUGCUGAACAUGACUUCCAGACACGUACAUGCAGUAAGGCCAAGUUGCGAUGAUUAAAAAUCAAACAGGGAAGGUUUGGAUUCAAAUAUAUUAAUACAAACUACAUCCAUAAUGCAUCCUUUAAAAAGGAUUAAGCCUAUUAUCACAAGUGCAUGGUGGCUAAUGAUAACUGUUUCUUCAAUCCAGUCAGUUUAUGGGGGUGAAUAUGCAUAUAUUUCCCGUUGUGGUGGACAGGAUUGCUCAGUUUGUCAAUGCUUUCCAGAAAAAGGCUCAAGAGGCCAGCCUGGCCAGCUGGGGGCUCAAGGUCCAAUUGGUGCUUUGGGUUCCAUAGGACCCAUUGGUUUGCCAGGAGAAAAAGGUCAGAGAGGUGAUAUUGGUUUUCCUGGGCCAGCUGGAGAAAGAGGCAAUAUGGGGCCUACUGGAGUUCCAGGAUUUUCAGGUUUAGAUGGUGUGCCUGGGUUACCAGGACCUGAAGGACCCAGAGGCAGGCCUGGUUUGGAUGGAUGUAAUGGAUCAAGGGGUGAUCCAGGAUUUCCUGGUGAGGCUGGGCGGAUUGGACCAAGAGGCUCACUUGGUAUUCCUGGGCAAAAAGGUGAAAAAGGAAAUUCCAUAUACAUUUCUAAUUCCAUUAAAGGGGCUACUGGAGAAAGAGGAGAUCCUGGACCCCGUGGCAUUCCUGGCCCAAGAGGAGAAAGGGGGCCAAGAGGUCCAGUUGGAUUUCCAGGCCAACCAGGCAUACAGGGUGUUCAAGGUCAGCCUGGUUUGCCAGGUGAACAGGGAAACCCAGGUACUGGAGUGGAAGGACAGAAAGGGGAGCCGGGUGAUGUAGGACCUCCUGGAUCUCCAGGGCAGCCGUUAUUGGUUGGACCUCCUGGUUCUCAACUGUUAAAAGGACAAAAGGGUAUAAAAGGAAUGCCUGGAUUUAUUGGCUCCAAAGGACUGCCUGGCCGCAAAGGAGCACUCAGAAAUGGAGACAAGGGUGAAAAGGGGAUUCCUGGUUUUCCUGGAAUGCGGGGGAGUCCUGGUUCUUAUGGUUCUCCAGGUUCUCCAGGAAACAAGGGUGAAACUGGAGUUAUUGGAUUUCCUGGGCAAGAUGGCUUAGCAGGCAUUAAGGGAGACCCAGGAGAGACUGGGAAGCCAGGAGCACCAGGACCCCGAGGAACACCACGCACUGGAAUAAAAGGUUUUCAAGGAGACCCUGGAGAUCCUGGCCCAUCUGGAGAUAUGGGGGCAGAAGGGUUAGCAGGCCGUUCUGGUGCUAAAGGAAGGCAAGGGGAGGAUGGAGCCAGUCUCCCCGGUCCCAAAGGUGCAUUAGGGGUACAAGGUCCUCAAGGCUUUCAAGGUGACCCUGGUCUCCCUGGUAUCUCUGAAGCAGCUCCAGGAAGGCCAGGAUCUCCAGGAAGGCCAGGUUUUCCAGGAAUGCAAGGAAGCCAGGGCUUGCCUGGACCACCCGGUGUGGCUUGCAGUGGGAGAGGAUCCUCUGGACCACCUGGAACUAAAGGCCAAAGGGGACCACCUGGAGUAAAAGGUGGAAAAGGAGAGAAAGGCAAUCCAGGCAAUUGCUCAUGUGGUCCUGGUCCAUGUGGACUACCUGGCAUACGAGGCCGCCCAGGUGUGCCUGGAAGAAAAGGAGGGGUGGGAUUACCUGGAAGAUAUGGAAGCAGAGGUGAUCCAGGCUUACCUGGUGCAAUGGGACAACCAGGUUCCCCAGGAAGACCAGGCUCAUUUGGGCUCACUGGAGAAAAAGGAGAGAAGGGUGACCCUACUAGAAUAAGGAUGAAAGGGAUAAAAGGACAAAGAGGUCUCCAAGGAGAGCCUGGAUUUCCAGGAGAAAAUGGCAUUGCUGGCAAGGAUGGAGAUCCAGGAUUGCCUGGUGAAAAAGGGGUUCAAGGUGAUGAUGGAACAGCUAUACUAGGGGAUAAAGGAUUUCCUGGCCCACCCGGACUUCCUGGCUCAAGAGGGCCCAUGGGACCUCCAGGUUUUGGAAUUCAGGGCCCACAAGGUGUCCAGGGUCUACCUGGAGAUCCAGGAAACUCCGGUAUAAGAGGACCAACAGGACCAAAGGGUCAAAAAGGUAACACUCCUCCAUAUGCAACAGCAUAUGCUGGGAAUCCAGGUGCACCUGGUUUAAAAGGUGUAGCAGGUCCAAAAGGUUUACGAGGACAAUCUGGGCGACCUGGUCCCAGUGGUUUUGAUGGCCCCAAAGGCCAGCAAGGCAGACCAGGAAUAUCUGGCAGCCCUGGUCCAGAAGGUUUUAGAGGUGAGACUGGUGAUCCAGGUGAAAAAGGUGAAAGUGGUUCAAGGCUGGAUGGCAAUCCAGGCUUGCCAGGUCUUCCUGGUCUUGAAGGUCCCAAAGGUGUUCCAGGUGACAACAGUUAUGGCCUUCCAGGAAUCCCAGGCAAUAGAGGUCUUCCAGGAUUGCCAGGUUCACCAGGCCUAAGAGGUGACCCAGGUUUUGCUGGGCUUCAAGGACAGCCUGGCACACCGGGAUUCCCAGGAGUGAAAGGUCUUAGAGGUAGAAAAGGUGACUUAGGGGUCAUAGGAUAUCCUGGCUUACCUGGACUACCUUGUGACAAAGGUUUACAGGGGCUACCGGGACCUCUGGGCUCUUUUGGGCCACCCGGCUUGAGAGGUUUACAGGGCAUCAAAGGUCCACAAGGAGAUAUGGGUGCACCAGGUCCAGCUGGUAUGAAAGGCAUGCCAGGAGUUCCUGGAACACAGGGGCCAUCGGGGCUUCCAGGUUUAAGAGGAAAUCCAGGUCUUACAGGGGAAAAUGGAUUACCAGGCCUUCCAGGACAAAAAGGAAGCAAAGGAUCCCAAGGCAUGCAAGGUUUCCAAGGACUCCCCGGAAAUGAAGGAGAAAUGGGAGCUCCCGGUGUGAAAGGUGAAGAAGGACAAACAGGGCAGCGUGGUCCUCCUGGAGAACGUGGGUUUAUGGGAUCCAAAGGUGAAACAGGACCUCAAGGAGAGGAUGGCUGUGCUACUGUGUUGGUACAGAAAGGACAAAAUGGGGAGCCAGGCCUUCCUGGUGAAGAUGGCUUACCAGGAACACAAGGUGAUAAAGGCAGCCCUGGAUUCAGAGGAGUCCCAGGAUUGCCUGGAAGAAGUGCCCUUCCAGGAACACAAAAGGGUGAACCAGGUGAUGCAGGACAGGCUGGUUUUCAAGGGCUACCAGGCCUCCCAGGGCCUCCAGGACUGAGAGGAAUAAUUGGUUUUCAAGGACAGCAAGGUGCCCAGGGUCCCCAGGGAUCAUCAGGUAUUCCAGGAAGUCAGGGACUUGAUGGCACAAAAGGAUCUAAAGGCAGCAGAGGUGACCCAGCCAUUCAUCAUGGCCAGCCUGGUAAGAAAGGUCCUUCUGGAGAUCUAGGAUUGCCAGGACUUGAUGGAUUACCAGGAGACCAAGGUACACCAGGUGUUCAAGGGCAACCAGGAAGACAGGGGCCCAAAGGAUUACAUGGACAUGCAGGAACACCAGGCUUCCCAGGUGCUCAGGGAGUGGGAGGCUUAGCAGGAGCUCCAGGUGAACAAGGUAAUCCUGGUCUUUUGGGACCUCCAGGUAUAACAGGGUUACCUGGCAGCCCAGGUAGAAAAGGCCUUUUAGGAUCACCUGGAUUAAGUGGUCUAAAUGGACUACAGGGUCAAAAGGGUUCGAUGGGACCUCCAGGUUCAAGUGAAAUAGGUCCUCCGGGGUGCAUAGGAGAACCUGGACCAAAAGGCAACAGAGGCGAGCUUGGACUUCCAGGCAUAUCCCGUCCAGGCCCUCCUGGAGAUGUGGGGCCAUUAGGUCUUCCUGGCAAGCGAGGUGCUUCUGGGCCGACAGGUCCUAUGGGUCAACUUUCUGAAAACAGUUAUCCUGGGCCUCCAGGUGACCAAGGCCCUGCUGGCUUAAAUGGCAUUAGAGGUCUUCCUGGCAAACCUGGCCUUCCGGGAAAUAUUAUUCUUGUUAAAGGAGAUCCAGGUGACUGUGGGACUAUUGGCUCACCUGGGGUUCCUGGUCCACUUGGGAAACCUGGAACUAAAGGUAUUCCAGGAAAUCACGGAAGAGAUGGCUCAAAAGGUCCAAUAGGAAACCCUGGCCCACAAGGGCCCCCUGGUGCCCCCGGUGAGUCUGGUGAUCAAGGUUUUCGAGGACCAACUGGUCCUGUGGGUCCCAAAGGUGAUCCAGGUGAAGCUGGAACAGUUGAUUACUCAUGUCCCAAGAUUCCAGGGCCUCCUGGUGUGCUAGGCCCAAGGGGAUCACCGGGUCCUGUAGGAAUAAGAGGGCCAGCAGGCUUCCCUGGUCCACCAGGACAGAAAGGAGAAGAAGGGUUUUUAGGUCAGCCAGGUCAGGGUGGCAGGCCUGGGCCACCAGGACCUUUUGGUGAUCAAGGUGACAUAGGAGAAAAAGGAUACACUGGGCUGCAGGGUCUUCCAGGCCAAACUGGGAUGCCAGGACCACCAGGGCCUGAAACAAGAUCUGCUGGUGGGUUCCUGAUUGUUCUUCAUAGUCAAUCAGACACAGAACCACUUUGCCCAGAGGGAAUGCCAAGAUUAUGGACUGGAUACAGCCUGCUGUAUCUUGAAGGGCAGGAGAAAGCCCAUAAUCAGGAUCUUGGCCUGGCCGGAUCUUGUCUUCCUGUGUUCAGCACCAUGCCCUUUGCCUAUUGCAAUAUCAACCAGGUCUGCUACUAUGCAAGUCGAAAUGAUAAAUCCUACUGGCUUUCAAGUGCAGCCCCUUUGCCUAUGAUGCCGCUCUCUGAUGAAGAAAUACAGCCCUACAUUAGUAGAUGUGCUGUAUGUGAAGCUCCUGCGCAAGCUGUUGCCGUUCAUAGUCAAGAUCAAACCAUUCCUCCGUGUCCAUUGAACUGGAGAAGUCUUUGGAUAGGCUACUCGUUCUUAAUGCACACUGGGUCUGGUGAUCAGGGAGGUGGACAGUCCCUCACAUCAACUGGAAGCUGCCUUGAAGACUUCAGAUCAGCACCCUUUAUUGAAUGCCAGGGUCAGAGGGGAACAUGCCAUUUUUUUACCAAUGAGUACAGCUUCUGGUUAACUACAGUGAACCCAGAGUUACAGUUUACAUCAACCCCUCUCUCAGGGACUCUCAAACAAGAGCAAGAACAACGCCGGAAUGUAGGUAGAUGUCAGGUCUGCAUGAAAUAUGGCUAAAGGAAAACCUGAACAUUUACCAGAAAGAAAAAGAGGGGAUGCCGUAAGUUGUAAAUGGACGGCGCGUUCCAGUGGUGGGCAGGACCAAAAAUACUGCCGUAUUUUAAUUUUAAGCAUUUUCAAACUUUUAGAAUGGGGGGAAAGUUGCACAAAAGCCAGGGAAACACCAAGUGAUCAAUGGUUGGGGGACAGUGGACAGGACAAGGGGCAGGGUCUUCUGUGGAACUAAGGAUGGCUGGAUUGGGACUCAGCCUGAGGUUCUGCAUUCCUGUUGUAAAUGGUGCUAAUUCUUGGAUUUUAUUUGAAAAUGUGGAACACCGUUGAAGGCUUUGGCCAUAUCUACACCAUACCUUUAAGCCAGGUACAUUGUGGACACUGCUGUUUCCCCCAUGUCCUCAGUGCAGCCACACUUACAGGUGUCAUGUCUGUGCUAGUCAGAAGCUCACCAUUCUAUGGGAACCUUGUUCCUCCUCUGCCUGCCAAGGUAAGCCAACUAGAUGGGAAGGGUCACAGCUCCCAACUCCUUAGUUCUUGGUUUUACUUUUUGCUGCUGAAUUGAGUGGAAGCAGAGAGAGCACCAUGUGAAACUAUUUUUUCUCUUCAAUACAGGGGAGAUGCAUUUAUAUCAAGAGUGGGCAACUUGUGGCCUUUCAUAUAUUUUGACCUACAACUCCCAUUGGAAGGCCAGCUAGGGCUGAUGGGAAUUUUAGGCCAAAUUAUCUGGACAGCCACAAGUUGACCAUCCGUGAUCUAUGUAAACAAGUGGAGAAAUUUCUAUAGAAUACCAUGAACUUAACUGAGACAAAAUAAUUACCCUUGCUUACAAAUUAUCAAUUGCAGCUCUGAUGGAUAGCAAACUAUGACACUGUUCAGACAACACUCUAAGCCACGGUGGUUAAGCAUUUUGAGCAAAAUGCUUAAUGUCAUGUGAACCAUUCCUAACCAUGGUGGCUACAUAGCCACAGUUUAAACAUGCUCACUAACCAUUUGUUACAAAAGGAUUAGAGACCUAACUCUGACUUAGCGUGUUGUCUGAACAGGCCCAAAUACCAGCUUCAAGGAAUGUUGGGUGUGUUAUGGCAUGCACUCCAUUUAAGUUGGCCACAACUAGUGUUUGGUUUAUUUAGGAGAAAGAUACUCUAUGAGCAAUAGGGGUCAUGCGUGAAGUCUGCUCAACAAGAAGAAGUUGCUUUUUCACCAACUUCAAUUCUUUUUCAAGUGAUCCAUGAUGAACAUACGUGGAUUGCAUUUUGGUAGUACCAGUCUGGCCUUCCCCAACUUGGUAUACUAUAUACUACAAAGAAAGUCUUGGAGCAAGAGCUUCAGAAUACCAGUGCAAAGAAAUCUACAUUUUAACAUAGGCUCCCUUACAUUACAUGGAGACAAUGUCACAGGAGACAAAGGAUGAAGACUAAGUCAGUUCUAGUGAAUUUAAGAAAAUAAUCUACUAUAAUGUCUUAUGAAAGUUAAAUGGUGGAGGUUUCUGGAGUGGAGGAAAUCUCAGAAAAUGUAAGCAUCAAAAGUAAAAACAUAGCUUUUUAACAAAGCCUUUUAUGGUUAAACUCACUGGCACAUUGUUUUAACUGUAUCUAUUGCUUAUAAAUUAUAUAUUGUUUUAACUUGGAUCAUGGUUUAAUUUGUUUUUAA